CCAAUAUGUACACGUAUCAUUACCGAUUGAAGCCGACUUAUAAUAAUUACUAAUUUACUACAGUUUUACAACAAAUAUUGAAUGUUUUAUAUUUCGUGAUAUAUUCUGAUAUAAUAACUAUAUAGUGUUUUAUAUUGUGUAUCACGGCUUCAAUAAAAUAAAAUUCAGCAUGGCGAGUGUGGAGCAACCAUGCUACACUCUGAUCAACUUCCCCACAGACACGGAGCCACAUAAUGAGAUGCAAUUGAAACUUGAUCUAGAAAAAGGUGAUACAAAGAAGAAAAUAGAAGCUCUAAAGAAGACAAUAGGUAUCAUUCUCUCGGGUGAGAAGAUCCCUGGGCUUUUAAUGAUCAUCAUUAGGUUUGUGCUGCCACUGCAGGAUCAUACCAUCAAGAAGUUGCUCCUCAUAUUUUGGGAGAUUGUACCCAAAACAACUCCAGAUGGCAAGCUGAUGCAGGAGAUGAUUCUUGUGUGUGAUGCAUACAGGAAGGAUCUUCAACACCCUAAUGAGUUCAUCCGUGGCUCCACCCUCCGCUUCUUGUGUAAACUGAAGGAGCCCGAGUUGCUGGAACCUCUGAUGCCAGCCAUCAGAGCCUGCCUGGAACACAGGCACUCCUAUGUCAGGAGGAAUGCUGUACUUGCCAUUUUCACUAUAUACCGGAACUUUGAGUUCCUGAUCCCGGAUGCACCAGAGCUCGUUGCCAAGUUUUUGGAAGGUGAACAGGAUAUGUCAUGCAAGAGGAAUGCCUUCCUGAUGCUUCUCCACGCAGACCAGGAGAGAGCACUCUCCUAUCUCGCUUCCAGACUCGACAAUGUUCAUGGCUUUGGAGAUAUUCUUCAGUUGGUUAUUGUAGAGUUGAUUUAUAAGGUGUGCCACGCGAACCCAUCAGAACGAUCGCGGUUCAUUCGGACUGUAUAUGGGUUACUCAACUCGACCAGCCCUGCAGUUCGGUACGAGGCUGCAGGCACUCUGGUCACACUCUCUAGUGCUCCUGCCGCUCUUAAGGCGGCGGCGGCGUGCUACAUCGACCUGAUCGUGAAGGAGAGCGACAACAACGUGAAGCUGAUCGUGGUCGGGCGACUCGCAGCGCUGCGGGACGAAGGCGGAGAGGCAGCCGCACGCGCGCUGCCAGACCUCGCCAUGGACGUGCUGCGGGUGCUGGCCGCGCCCGACCUGGACGUGCGCCGCCACACGCUCGCCCUCGCCCUGGAGGUGGUGGGUCCGCGCCACGCGGAGGAGCUGGUGGGCGUGCUGCGCAAGGAGGCUGCACGUGCCGCGUCGGCCGACCACGACCACGCCGCCACCUACCGACAGCUGCUCGUGCGCGCGCUGCACAAGGCCGCCGUCAAGUUCCCGGAGGUGGCGGGCAGCGUGGCGCCGGCGCUGCUGGAGAUGGUGGGCGACGGCUCCGAGCCCGCCGCCGCCGACGUGCUGCAGUUCCUCCGGGUCGCGCUCCACAACUUCGACCACCUGCGGGAUCUUGUCUACCAGAAACUUCUGGAGACGCUGCCAAGCAUCCGCGUAGGGAAGGUCGUGCGGUCAGCACUGUGGCUGCUGGCGGAGUUCGCCGACAACAACGAGCGCGCGCUGGCCGCGCUGGACGUGCUGGACGCCGUCAUCCCCCCCUCCGCCUCCACCACCAAGGAGCAGGAGGAGGAGGUUACCCAGCCGAAACCCGAGUUGGCGCCGCGGCAGCUAAUUACCAGCGAUGGCACCUACGCCACACAGUCCGCCUUCAACUUGCCUACGGCGGCGGCGGGCGAGGCGGGCGCGGCGGCGCUGGGCGCGGCGCUGCGGGCCGGCGACAGCUUCACGGCCGCGUGCGCGUGCUCGGCGCUGGCGCGGCUCGCGCUCAAGCUGCCCGUGCGGCACGCCAACCGCGCGCUCGCAGCCUCCGCCACGCUGCUCGCCUACCACAAGACGCACGGUACUGGCGCAGGCGCAGGCACGCCGGGAGCGGCGGGCAUGACGGCCGACGACACCGAGCACGGCGCGCGCUGCGUGCAGUCCGCCAGCAGCGCGCCGCCGCCCGUGCGGGCCGCGCUGCUCACCACGCCGCGGGCCGCGCUCGCCGCGCUGCUGCACGCGCCGCCCGCCGCCCGGUGCAGGCCGCCGCCCGUGCGGGCCGCGCUGCUCACCACGCCGCGGGCCGCGCUCGCCGCGCUGCUGCACGCGCCGCCCGCCGCCCGGUGCAGGCCGCCGCCCGUGCGGGCCGCGCUGCUCACCACGCCGCGGGCCGCGCUCGCCGCGCUGCUGCACGCGCCGCCCGCCGCCCGGUGCAGGCCGCCGCCCGUGCGGGCCGCGCUGCUCACCACGCCGCGGGCCGCGCUCGCCGCGCUGCUGCACGCGCCGCCCGCCGCCCGGUGCAGGCCGCCGCCCGUGCGGGCCGCGCUGCUCACCACGCCGCGGGCCGCGCUCGCCGCGCUGCUGCACGCGCCGCCCGCCGCCCGGUGCAGGCCGCCGCCCGUGCGGGCCGCGCUGCUCACCACGCCGCGGGCCGCGCUCGCCGCGCUGCUGCACGCGCCGCCCGCCGCCCGGUGCAGGCCGCCGCCCGUGCGGGCCGCGCUGCUCACCACGCCGCGGGCCGCGCUCGCCGCGCUGCUGCACGCGCCGCCCGCCGCCCGGUGCAGGCCGCCGCCCGUGCGGGCCGCGCUGCUCACCACGCCGCGGGCCGCGCUCGCCGCGCUGCUGCACGCGCCGCCCGCCGCCCGGUGCAGGCCGCCGCCCGUGCGGGCCGCGCUGCUCACCACGCCGCGGGCCGCGCUCGCCGCGCUGCUGCACGCGCCGCCCGCCGCCCGGUGCAGGCCGCCGCCCGUGCGGGCCGCGCUGCUCACCACGCCGCGGGCCGCGCUCGCCGCGCUGCUGCACGCGCCGCCCGCCGCCCGGUGCAGGCCGCCGCCCGUGCGGGCCGCGCUGCUCACCACGCCGCGGGCCGCGCUCGCCGCGCUGCUGCACGCGCCGCCCGCCGCCCGGUGCAGGCCGCCGCCCGUGCGGGCCGCGCUGCUCACCACGCCGCGGGCCGCGCUCGCCGCGCUGCUGCACGCGCCGCCCGCCGCCCGGUGCAGGCCGCCGCCCGUGCGGGCCGCGCUGCUCACCACGCCGCGGGCCGCGCUCGCCGCGCUGCUGCACGCGCCGCCCGCCGCCCGGGAGACGGCCCGCGCCACGCACUCUGUGUCGGUGGAGACAGGUGUACAGUUCGCGGCGCUGGCAGGAGCCGGCGCUGCUGCCGCCGCUCACGACAUGUUCGACCUCUCACUCUCCAAGGCUCUGCAGGGACGCAGUACAGGUAGCGAGGAGCGUGGCAAGCUGUCGAAGGUGACACAGCUGACGGGUUUCUCGGACCCCGUGUACGCUGAGGCCAUCGUCUCCGUCAACCAGUACGACAUCGUGCUCGACGUACUCAUCGUUAACCAAACCGACGACACGCUGGUGAACUGCACGGUGGAGCUGGCCACGCUGGGCGACCUGCGGCUGGUGGAGCGGCCGGCCAGCGUGGUGCUCGGUCCGAGGGACUUCACCUCCAUCAAGGCGCACGUCAAGGUCGCCUCCACUGAGAAUGCCAUCAUUUUUGGGAACAUUGUGUACGAGGUGAGCGGUGCGUCUAUGGACCGCGGCGUGGUGGUGCUGAACGACAUCCACGUAGACAUCGUGGACUACAUCCAGCCCGCCGACUGCAGCGACGCUGACUUCCGCCAGAUGUGGGCAGAGUUCGAGUGGGAGAACAAGGUGGCUGUUAACACAAACAUUACAGACCUUCGUGAAUAUUUGGAUCAUCUGCUAUCGUCCACCAACAUGAAGUGUCUAACUCCUAAUAAGGCUCUGUCGGGCCAGUGCGGGUUCAUGGCCGCGAACCUGUACGCGCGCUCCAUCUUCGGGGAGGACGCGCUCGCCAACCUCAGCAUCGAGACGCCGCUACACCGCGCCAACGCACCCGUCGUCGGACACGUGCGCAUCCGCGCCAAGACACAGGGUAUGGCCCUCAGCCUGGGCGACAAGAUCAACACGAUGCAGAAGGCGCCACCACAGAAGCCGCCCACACUGACGCCCGCCGCUUAGACAUAAUUAAUACAAUAAAUAUGUACGAUAUAUCUUAAUUGAAUAGUUAUUAUUAUUAUAAAAUUACUAUAAACAUUGGGAGUAUUAAAAAUAUCAACUGACUUCCUACAAUAAAUGUGAUCAUACAUACAUUAUAAUAUUUCCAAUUGCAGUUGAUGGGUUGACAAAAAAUUACAGGUACUAUACAGGUAGUUACUAUAACUGCGCCACUUGCAAGUUUACUGUAAUUACUUUUAAACUCGUUUGUAGUACACAUUCAGAAUAUAGCCUAGGCGAGGUCAUAAGAUGACUCGUCUAGUUAUACUAGUAUUACCUACUACUAUAUACCUAGUCGAAAUAUAGAGAGACAAACUGUAUUAACAAAGAUUUACUAUAAUCAACACUAAUUUUUAUCGGUAAAAUUACUGAAAGAAAGAAUUGUUAACAGUUAGUGCCAUGGGGUUUUACUCAUGUUAUGCCUAAUAAUGCCAAGAAAAAUCGUUGAUAUCCGGCUCGAAGGACCAUAAAGAUGUAUGAGUUUGCUGUGACCCAUACAAUCUGGAUGCUAAGAUGUAUAAAUGAUAAGUCCGGGCAGCUUUCCAGCUUGAUUUAUUGAAUACACGACGAUUGAGUGCGGAUUGAUGCUUACUUGUGAGUAUUUGGUGUACUGAAGGGGAAAUUGUAUGUGUAAGCGUUAUAUGGACGUGGAGCAGUGUCAAAUGCUGACGGCUGUAUGUACACAGGCCAUAUCCUGCAAAAAAAUCUGUAUCUCCUCAAAAAAAAAAGAA